AUACAUUAUAAAUGUUUGCUUUUUUUGUGAUUUUUUUUAGAUUCUCUAUAAUAUGAAUAACCAUUAAAUAAAGUAUUGAAUUAUAGUUUGCACUUUUAAGUAUAGAUUAAUUAAAUAUUGUUACGAAUUACAAUAGGUUACAACUUACAGUUACAACAAGUUAAUGAAGUUGAAAGGAAUAUAACAAUUAUAACAAUGUAUUUUUUAAACAAGAAAAAAAAUACCUACAAGAUAACAAAAAGGAAAACUAAAGGAUGGAUAAUAUGUAGCAGUAAAACAAGUAUACGCAUCUCAAGGAAAUUGCAAGAAAUCUGAUGAAUGAUUUACCAAAAAUAUAUUUAAAACGAAUAGAUUUUACAAAUGCUACUUCAAGUUCUAUCAAAAGUAGUAAUAAUGAUAAUAAUUUGAUAAAAAGUGACAUUUUAAAUGAAUUUAAAGAAGAAAGAAGUAGUCAGCAAGAGAGUACUUUGUCUAAUACUGGAGACUUGGUUAUGUCUUUCGAGAUAUCAGAUGAAAAACUUGAUUUUGAUAAUGACAGUAUUAAUUCAACAAGUAUACCUUUGGAAGAAUCUUUGGAAACUUCAAGUCAACAGAAAAUAGUUAAUGAACCAAAUUUAAAUAUUAGUUUUCCUGUAAGCGAAGUUUGGAAAGGGUCUUUAAAUACUCCAAUGGCAGAAAUAGAUGAUCAAGAUGAGAGUACUUUAUCUAAUACUGGAGACCUGGUUAUGUCUUUUGAGAUAUCAGAUGAAAAACUUGAUUUUGAAAGAAUUUCAGAAGAUAAUGAUGAGAACAGGAAGAAUUAUGAUGCUGAUGCAGGUUAUGUUGUUUUCAGUGACUUAGAAGAUUCAAAUAAUAAUCAAGCAACUACUUCAGAUUAUGUUGUUUCCAAUGACUUAGAAGAUUCAGAUAAUGAUCAAGCAAAUACUUUUGUUACUUCCCGAAGAUCUAGCGAAAAAUCUAAUACUACAAACGAUAGUCUUGAUAUCUCGAAACAUAUUUAUGAAAAAAAAAAAAUUUGUGAUGAUACAAAUCUUGUAGUACCUACAUCUCACGAGAAAGGAAAACAAUAUUUUUGCUUCUACUGCAAAAAAUUUCAAUCUAAAUUAUCAAGACAUUUAGAGAAUAUCCAUAAAAAUGAGGCAAACGUGAAAAAAUUCAUUUCUUUUCCUAAAGGUAAUUCAGAAAGAAAGGCUAUUAUACAGACCAUUAGACAAGAAGGCAACUUUUUAUAUAAUACUAGCUCGCAAUUUAAUACGGGAGAAUUACUAGUAUCUCGUAGACCAAAUGUUAAUAAACCUGCAUCAUGUUAUGGCUGUUGCUCAAAAUGUAAGGGCUAUUUUUCAAAAAAUAGUUUGAGGCAUCAUUUUCGAAACUGUAACCAAAAAAGUAUUGGUAGACGAGUUCUCCAACUUAGUAGAAAAAUACAAGCACGAGUACACAGUAAAGCCAAUGACAUAGUUAGAGACAUAAUUUUUCCAGUUUUAAGAGACGAUGACGUGUGUAGAAUAAUAAGAUAUGAUGAAUUAGUGAUACUUCGAGCAAAUUCAUUAUGUUAUAGAAAACAUAAGAAUCCGCGUUAUGAAGUAAUAAGAGCAGAAUUGAGACUUUUAGGUCGUUAUUUGAUUUCUGUUAAGAAAUUUAAUUCAAACAUUAAUGAUUUUGCUUCAAUAUAUCAUCCACGCCACUAUGACUCGUGCAUUUUAGCUGCUAAAGAUGUAGCUCAAUUAAAUCCAAAUACUAAUAAAUUUAAAUCGCCAUCUGUCGCUAUACGAAUUGGUUAUCUCUUGAAAACGUUGGGAAACUUAUUGUCUACGGAGUAUAUUAAAAGAGAUGAUAACAAGCGUUUAAGGAAUACAGAAAAGUUUCUGAAACUCUUGAAACAAGAUUAUGAAAUAACAAUAAAUACAAUAGCUCAGGAAAAUACAGAACAAAAUAAAAAGCUUUUUAAAUCGAAAGUACUAAAAAUAAAAGACAUACAGAAGAUAUAUAAAUUAUAUGAUUAUUUGAAAGAACUAAAAGAUAUGCUGGAGAGCUAACUUACUAAAUCAUAUAAUAUAUUGCGCCUUCAAUGACAAGGAUCUGACUAAGGAUUUGAAUAACACUUACAUGUACAACUUAUUUUAAAUAAAUCUGUAAUUUGAACUUUA